GACCCCGACAAUACCCGUCCAAAUGGUAUUUCAGUAAAGCAAACAUGAGCUACGGGAAAGGAAGCCAUGGAUGGGCCUUCACUUCCUCUGAAUGUUCGCCGUUUGUUGACGACGAAUCUCCUUGUCAACAGGCUCCAUAUGUUCGUCAAUGGGAUUGCUAUACUCGCCUUGUUUCACUAUAGAGUUUCCACUCUUGUUCGUGCUUUCAAAACCAGGGAGACUCCUCUUCUCCCCUAUCUUAUCGUUCUUGUCUCUGAGAUUGUACUCACGUUUCUCUGGGUUCUGCACCAAGCCUAUAAAUGGAGACCCGUUAAACUUGAGGUGUACCCGGAAAGAUUACCCGGAGAUGAGACGCUUCCGCCGGUGGAUGUGUUCGUAUGCACCGCGGAUCCCAGCAAAGAGCCCUCCCUGGGGGUGAUGAACACCGUUAUUUCGGCUAUGGCGCUUGAUUAUCCUCCUGAUAAGCUUGCUGUUUAUCUUCAGGAUGAUGGGGGUUCUUACGUUACUUUAAAUGCCGUUCGUGAAGCCUGGAAAUUCGCCAGAUUCUGGGUUCCCUUCCGUAGAAAGUAUGAGCUGAAAUUUCCGUGCCCAGUGGCUUAUUUAUCGGCUGAGGAAAGUGUUGAUGAGAAGUUUAUUGGCAGCAGUGGAUUCGCAGCUGAGAAGAAGAUAAUCGAGAAAAGGUACGCCGAAUUCCAGGAAGCUCUGGAGAAGAAUUCAGUAAAUGCAAGUGCUUCUGUUAGCAGAGAUCAUCCACCUGUAAUCGAGGUGAUGACAGAUGAAAAUGGGGAUUCCAACCUAAAAGAAUUGCCUCUUCUUGUUUAUGUCGCUAGGGAAAAAAGGCCUGCUCAUCCACACCAUUUCAAAGGAGGAGCACUCAAUGUUCUUCUCCGAGUAUCUGCAGUGAUCAGUAAUGCUCCUUACUUUAUGGUGCUGGACUGUGACAUGUAUUGCAAUGAUCCAUCAUCGGUCCGCCAAACAAUGUGCUUCUAUCUUGACCCAAAAGUAUCUCCACAAAUAGCUUGGGUUCAGUUCCCUCAGAAAUUCCGUAAUCUGAGUGAGCAUGAUAUCUAUGGUGGUUCGCUGCAUCACCUUUAUAGAAUAAGGCAAGGCUUAGAUGGGCUUAGAGGGCCUCAAAUAUAUGGCUGCAACUUUGUGAUGACAAGGGAAGCGAUCUAUGGGACUGACAAAAUUCAGAAGGAAAUCGAUCUCAAUCAGCUGAAGAAGUCAUUUGGCUCAAGCAAUGAGUUCAUUAAAUCAAUUUACAAAAAUUACAAACCACUGUUGCCGGAGGACAGAAAUCCCUCUGCUGCAUUGGAAAAAGAGCUCCAGCUGCUGGCCUCUUGUACUUACGACAAUGGCACACAAUGGGGAGAAGAGGUGGGUUACAGAUACUUUUCUGUUGUGGAGGAUUGUAUUACAAGUCUUAUUUUACACUGUAAGGGCUGGAUUUCGGUGUUUCUUAACCCUGCCCGACCAUGUUUCUUGGGAGCAUCUCCUACAAACCUGAAUGAUAUGUUGGUUCAACAGACACGAUGGUCUUUUGGCCUAAUGCAAAUAGGUUUGUCAAGGUUUAAUCCUCUUAUAUACGGCCCACUGAGGAUGUCGAUUCUUUAUAGCAUGUGUUAUGCUUACAUUAUACUUGAAAGUCUCUACACCGUGCCCUUCUAUGGUUUAGCCACCAUUCCUCCGAUCUGUCUACUUUACGGCAUUUCUCUGUAUCCGAAGGUUUCAGAUCCAUAUUUCAUUGCGUUUGCAUUCGUUUUCCUCUCACCACGACUCAAGCAUGUGCAAGAAGUUGUUUCCUUUGGGGAUCCAUUCUGGACUCUACUUUAUGAACUGAGGGACUGGAUGAUGAAGUCAGGAUCAUGUUACUUCUUUGCACUCAUGAAUGCAUUUUUGCAGAAACUUGGCUUGCAUGAAGCAAAUUUUUCACUAACAAGCAAGGUGGUUGACGACGAACAAGCCAGGAGAUAUGAGCAGGGGAUUUAUGAUUUCCAAGUAUCACCUUUGCUGCUCGCCCCGUUAUGCAGCUUAUACAUUCUUAAUUUGGUCACCUUGAUUCUUGGAAUCCCAAGGAUCUUUCACAAGGCCGAUCAGUUUUUCGGACAAGCUUUUCUCUCAUUCUUUGGGGUAAUUGUGAACUACCAUUUUCUGGAAGGUAUGUUCUUGAGAAAGGACAAUGGCCGGAUUGCACCAUCUGUUACUCUGCUCUCUGUUGCAAUUUCUGCAAUCAUCUUGUGUUGUGGAUCCCUUCUUCUCAUUUACUAAAUUCAAAGGAUAUAGGCUCCAAUCACUUGGACAUCAUGCUUGGUACCAGGACUAGAAUUACAAACACUCCCAUCUAAAUCUGAAUAAAUCUUGCAAAAUAUUUAGUUCUAGUGUGAAUUGUUGUAUUGAUGGGAUACAGAACUCUGGAGUUUGAAGCAGUAAGUGCAAAUUUUAGGAAUGUGUAGAUACUUGUAUUUAGUAUUACAAAAUGGCUAUCUCAGUCUCACAAAACUAAAUAUAUAUAAAAAUAGAGUUAUUUGUGUCCACCACUUAUAUGG